GGGGGGUCCCGGGGACUGAGUGAGAGACCCAGAGACAGACACACACCGAGACAGAGACAGAGAGAGAUGGCGGUGAGCUGGCACGCCGUGCUGGCCGACCAGGCCGAGCUGUUGGUGGGCCGCCUGGAGGACGGAGUGUGGGCCGGCCUCGGCCUCCUGCGGCGCGGCCUGGGCAUCGAUUUGGGGCUGGAGCCGUGGCUGAGGCGGCAGCCCCCCGGCUCGGCCGGCCUGGCCCUCCUCGUCCUCCUGGUGGCGGUGGCGCUGCCCGCCGUGCUGUGGGCCCUGGGCCGCCUCCUGGUGUCCGCCUGCAAGAGGCCGGGCCCCGCGCAAGCCCAGGGCCAGGGCAGGCUCCAGCUCGGACACGGAGGCCGCAGGAGCGGCAGCGGCAGCGGCGGCGGCGGAGGAGGAGCCCGUAACCGGGACAAGACACCGGCCGACAUCCAGCAGCAGCGCCUGGAGGAGCAGCGGAGGAAGAACAAGAGGAAGGAGAAGCCAAAGAAAUCGCAGCCAAAUGGGCGAGCGGGAACUGAACCAUUAGACGAGGAAAUUCUUCACCCGUUUGAAAAGUUAAUUGUCAAACAACAACUGGACGCUGAGAAGAAAACAGAAAAGACAAAGAAAAACAAGAAGAAGCCAAAGGCAGACAUGAAACAAUUGCAGGCGGAGCCACAGAACUGGGCUGAAGGGAAAGAAACUGAUGAAGGGGCAUGGGAGACCAAAAUCAGUAGCCGGGAAAAACGACAGCAGCGCAGGCGUGACAGAGGAAUAAAUGAAUCUCCCUCCGUUGAUUCUAGUCUCCCUGCAGUUGGAUCUGAAGCUGUUCCUGCACAGCAACACACAAUAGCCUCAGCUGGGCUGGGCCCUCGAAAGACCAAAGGGGUAGAAACUGCAGUUGCUCCCGGGUGGGGUGAACAGCUAACAGUGAAUGGAGGAAGCUGGUGUGAAAUCCCAGUGAAACUGCCCACUCAGAUUAAUGCAACUAAGGAUGAUAAAUGGCGACAAAUCCCAGUAUUGGCAAAUGCAAAAAGAAGCCCGGAUCAGCCUGCCUGGGGCCAGGAAAGCAGUGAUACCAAUGCAGGGUCAAAAGAAUGGGCAGUACCCUUAGUUGAUAAGACUUGGAGUGAGCAUGCACUUUACCCCAGCAUUGGGGCUUGGGCAGGUGUCAAUAACAGGAUGAAUACCUCAGAGCAGAAACCUGCUUUCUCAACCACGGGGACAAAUGCUGCAGUAGCCAGUACCUCUAGCGAGCCAGCCUCCCAGUCGAGCACCGCUGAUCAUCAAUGGGAUGCUAACCCGACACCCAACCCUGUUGACGAUGCCUGGUCUGGAAUAAAUGGGAUUUCGACAGUUGACCCAAGUUCUGACUGGAACGCUCCAACAGAAGAGUGGGGAAACUGGCUGGUGGAAGAAAGCACUUCACCAGCACAGCCUGAGGAUGUUACUGCAGAAACUCAAAAACUGUCAGAUGAAGAAAAAGAGAAAGCGGACUCUGGUCUGCAAGGUUCUGCAACCAGCAAAUCAAAGAAGAAGAAAAAGAAGAAGAAAAAGGGCGAAGAAGCUGCUGCUGCUCCUGUGCAGGAGACUGAGGAACAAGAGAAGGAAUCCAUCAGUGGAGAACAGGAGCAACUUAUUGUCCAAGACCAGCCUGAAAAGGAGAUAGCUCCACCUGUUGAAACAAUAUGCACUAGUGAACCAGCAGAGGUUGAAGAGGCACAGCUGGUAGAAAUCACUGAAGAACCAGCUGUAAUUAUGGAAAGUUCUUCCCAGGAUAUUACUUCCCAAGUGCCAGACACACUUUCAGAGACAGAAUUACCUGUCUCUGCCACUAAACAGAAUAACCUGCCUCCUUCACAAGCAAAAUCGGAUGAAAACUGGGAGUCCCCGAAGCAGAUCAAGAAAAAGAAGAGAGCAAGAAGGGAAACAUGAGCUUUUUUUUUGUAUUCAGUGGUCAGUUGUUAUGCAAAAUGAUCUUGAAGAAAAAAAAAAUCUGUUUAUGCAAUAAUUUGUGAAAAUGUACAGAAUUUUAUAGAAGAAAAUUUGACUGUAAUUUUUAUUAAACCUUAUUGCAAUGCGCAUGAGCAACUUGAUUUGAUACCAUGUAACAAACUUCAAGUGAAACACACUGAUGCUGUCUACAGCCACUUUCAUGCUGGGUCUGAGUUUGUUGACACUAGAAAAUGUGAUUUUGUCUUUUCUUUCAUUUUUUUUGUAAGAGUUUGGGCAAGUCUGUGCAGAACUGCAUCAUACAUUAUGACCUUUGGCUCCACAGUAGAAAUUUGUAAUGAAAAGUUGCCUUCUUUAAUGAAGAAACUGGGCCAUGUGAUGAGCAAUUGCAAGGGAGGCUUUGAGUUUUCUGUUCUGCUUUAUGCUCCCCGUCCCAUCUAACGUCCUGCUCCUCCUCUCCCCCACCUUUCCCCCCAAAAACUUUGGGGAAAACAGUUAAAAUUAGAUCACAUCGUAGUGGUAUCAGGUUGAGCCUAAAGCAGAUAAAAAGGGAACGAAAACAUUUAGAUAGCUUUAAUAUUUGUGGACAGAAUUACAAUUUAUAUCAGGAAUGACAUUUUACUGCCUUAACCUGUAGUGUGUAGAGAGAAAGAUGUUUAGAUAACCUAAAGGGAAAUUCCAGUUUUCAAUGAAUCCAUAAGCGCUGGUUCAUAACAGUGGGUGGAUUUGGAGAAAUUAGCAGUUGCAUAAGCUGGGAAGAUGUUUCGCACCAAUUAACAUUAGAAAGACACUGUAAAAUAUCCAACUGUUCAGGUGGAUGUUUUCUUUUUUUAAAAUAAAAAUCAUUGUCAAUCUCAAGAUGCCAUUCCUCUGCUGAUUAAAGUGGGCCUCGUCUAACCUGCAGUUUGGUUCUGCUGAAAACUUGCCCCUGCUCCUAAAUCAGAAUGGUGUGGGAGUUGACACCAUUCAGUAGUCAAAUCGCUAACUGGACCAGCGCUUCCUGAGCUCGUUCCCCACCCCGGGUUGCCUCUUAUUGAGCCUUGAAAAUUGUCACAAUCUCUCAGCGAGAUUUGAGAGAAUGGGUUUGGGGGAAGUAGGGUGAUGUGAGAGAGUGCAUGUAGUUGUUUUAACUCCGUCAGAGCUCCAUGAGAGCCACUACUGCUGCCUUGGAGACCACCACCCCAGAAUUUCAGCUUGUCCCACUUGGGAUUCAAUGCCACCACUUUGGGAAGCCCUGCAUUAGACUUUGCCAAGCAGCAUAAAUCUGAUGGACACCCAUCAGUCAGUGGCAGCAGAGGGAAUUGCUACUGGUCCCAGCGUCUCAUUAUUAGUGCUGUCGCACAGCUUAUCACUGUUAAGAAAACUAAUGACAGAGAAGGAAGAAAACUAAAUUGGAUAAGAACAAAUGGGAAUACUUGAAAUAUAAGGUUUAUACAUAGACAAAGUUAACAAAUCAUUAAACUGAAAUAGUCUGGAUAGAACCUCAACCAAAAGCCUGCAGGUAAAGAUUCCAGUUUCUGCUUUACAGUGUUGGCAUCUGAGUAUUGUUUGGAGUGACUGGUGCAUGUUAUGCCAUGUGCAUUGUUUAAUAACUUUACCAAAUGUACAUUCACUUGAUGAGGACCAUGGUAUUUUACACCACCUACUUGAGUUAACCUGAUCAUCGUAAGCCAUGAUUAUUGUUUUUGAAUGGGUGUAAAAUGUUCAUGCUGCACAGUGAGAACAAUGGAGCAUAACGUUGAAGCGAGCUGAUACUAAUGGUACUUAGUCCACUAAUCUACUGUCAUGACUGUUACUUAGUUUGGUGACACCAGAUUGCUAAGAUUUUGCAAAGUUUAAAUAAUGAGUGUCAUUAUGCUCCCAGUAACCUGCCUUAAUUGGUUAUGACGUGGUAUUUGUUGUGCUUUCGUAAUUACCUUGAUUACUAAAGUUAAACAAAUGUAUUUAUACCUGUUUCAGAAACAUAGCGAGUAUGUUUACAUGUUCUAAAGUUUGUUAAAA